CCCCCCCCCCGGCUUCUUCUCUUUUCCUUGGCCCAUGAUGGCGACGGCAUCGUCGGUCACGAUUCCGCCUGCUCACUGGAGCCGUUUCGACCAAGAGCAAGACCUAGCGGUACGGGAGCUCAUCUGGCAAGUAACCGGCCUGAACGAGCGGAGACCCGAAACGUCCGGCCACUUUCAAGCGGCGUUAAAUUUCGCCUGGUCCAACUUCAGGUUUCAUCAAUUUCUUGAUGUCAGUAGGCACAAAGUGGAGAAAAUAAUGGAAGGAAUUUAUGAAAAGCUGGUUGUUCACUCUGACCUUGUUAAAGCUGGAAGUUGGAGGAGACUAACAGAAGAGUUUCUGAAUUUGUCUCUUCCCACCACAGAAGGAACAAAGACAGAUGCACAUUAUGCCAUACUCUCACUUCUAUUGUGCUUGUCUGAUUCUCCUUCCAACACCAGCUUUGCAGAAGAACCAAUAAAAAAACUAGUAGAAAAAGAGGAAUUUGAUUGGAGAAAAUAUUUAAUGGAAGAUGAAGACCUGGACUUUGUUCCUGAUCUAGAAUCACCAUACUGGUCAGAUGUAAGUGAUGAAGAGGAUACUGAACCUUUGAGCAGAGAAGACUCUGGCAUUCAAGUAGAUAGGACACCACAAGAAGAUCAGGAUCAAAGCAAGAAGUCAGCAUCACUUGUCGACUGGAAAGAUAAACCUGAUGCACGUACAUGGUUAGAGCAACAUGUAGUGGCUCAGUAUUGGACUGGUAGAGUUGUUCGUUUUUCCCAUAGUUUGCAUUUUCAUUCCAAUUUAGCUUCUAUAUGGGAACAGCACUUAUAUAAUAGUGAUCCAUUGUAUGUCCCAGAAGAGAGAAUUCUUGUCACUGAAACGCAAGUCAUUCGUGAAACAAUUUGGCUUCUUUCAGGUGUAAAAAAACUCUUUAUAUUUCAGCUGAAUGAUGGAAAGAUAACUGUGAGAAAUGACAUAACAGUAACCCAUUUGACACAUAAUUCAUUAAGAUCAAUGCUGGAGCGCAUAGCUGCCUAUGGGCAAGUGGUAUUUAGGUUACAAAGAUUUAUUGAUGAUGUCAUGGGUCACAGCUCGGAAAGUGGGAUACAUGGAACCAUAUCCACUCCCAAAAAAUCUGCAGAAGCCCCUUUUAGAACCUAUCAAGCUUUUGUGCGAGCUCUCUAUAAAUAUUUCAUUAAUUUCAAAAAGGAACUUACAGAAAUCGAGAGAUGCAUAAUCAAUGAAGAUAUUACAGUUACCCUUUCCACAGUCAUAGAUAAGAUGUCACAUCAAUUAGCGCAGCUGAAAGUAAUUCAUAAAGUUUUUAGCACUGGAGUUGCUGAAGUACCACCUGAUACUCGCAAUGUUGUAAGAGCAUCUCAUUUGCUCAAUACCUUGUACAAGGCAAUUCUUGACUAUGACAAUAUUGGGGAAGCCUCUGAACAGACAGUCUCUCUUUUGUUUUCUCUGUGGGUUGAAACAGUAAGACCAUACCUACAGACAGUGGAUGAGUGGAUUGUCCAUGGUAAUUUAUUUGAUCCUGCCAAAGAAUUUAUAAUUCAAAGAAACAAAAAUGUUUCUGUAAAUCAUAGAGACUUUUGGUAUGCCACCUACACAUUAUAUAGUGUAUCAGAAAAAUCUGAGAAUGAAGAGAAAAUGAGUGAUAAUACUAGUGCCAGUUCUGGCAGUGAUCAAGCACCAUCAAGCAGACAACAUACCAUGGUUUCCUUUUUAAAGCCUGUAUUAAAGCAAAUCAUUAUGGCUGGAAAGUCCAUGCAGUUGCUAAAAAAUUUGCAGUGCAAGGAUGGUUCUCCACAGCCAACUACAGCCCGAGGUGCAGAAAGGAAGAGCUUGUACAUGUUAUUUUUGGAAUCUGUGCAGUUGCGUCUACGUCAUGGAGAUGAACAUAUUCAAGAUACUUUAACAGAACAGCAAGCUACUAAAAAAAGCCUAAUAAAGAUGCAGUCCAUUGCAGAAAGACAUUUAGAAUUGGAUGAUAUUCAUGAUCCUUUACUAGCUAUUAAUUUUGCAAGAUUAUAUUUGGACCAGGGUAACAUGCAUGAGACACUUUCUGCUGAUGAUGUUUGUGUAGAUAGGUCAUCUGAAUCAGUUACAUGCCAGACAUUUGAGCUGACCCUGAGAUCUUGUCUUUAUCCUCACAUUAACAAGCAGUAUCUAGAGUGUUGUGGGAAUUUAAUGCAAACUUUGAAGAAAGAUUAUAGGCUGGUAGAAUACUUGCAGGCAAUGAGAAAUUUUUUCUUACUAGAGGCUGGUGAUACCAUGUAUGACUUUUACACAUCUAUUUUUGAUAAAAUACGUGAGAAAGAUACAUGGCAGAGUGAAGCAUUCCUAAAUGUCCAGCUUCAAGAAGCAGUUGGACAACGUUAUCCAGAGGAUAGUUUAAGGUUAUCAAUUCUAUGUGAAAAUAUUGAUAUAGCAAAGAAGAAGUUGCCUGUUCAUACACUAGAUGGCUUAACACUGAGUUACAAGGUCCCUUGGCCAGUGGAUAUAGUUAUAAGUAUUGAGUGCCAAAAAAUCUAUAAUCAAGUUUUUCUCCUAUUAUUACAAAUAAAGUGGGCCAAAUACAGUCUUGAUGUGUUGAGGUUUCAUGAACUAGUCACAGCAGCAGAAAAGUUUCAGAAUAAUAGAGGUAUGAUACUUGAUCAAGAAGCAGUUCUUCAAUUUGGAUUUCAGUUGGAACCCAUUAAACAACAAACUCAUCGCAUGUUCCUUUUAAGAAUGAAACUUAUGCACUUUGUUAACAGCCUACACAACUACAUUAUGACUAGGAUUCUUCAUAGUACAGGCUUGGAGUUCCAGCAUCAAAUAGAAGAAGCAAAAGAUUUAGAUCAAUUAAUCAAAAUACAUUAUCGGUAUCUUUCUACAAUCCAUGAUCGUUGCCUCCUGAGAGAAAAGGUUAGUUUUGUGAAAGAAGCAAUAAUGAAAGUUCUGAACCUAGUAUUGAUGUUUGCAGAUCGUUGGCAAGCUGGUUUGGGAGUCUGGAAGAUGGAAUCCAUAACAAAGAUGGAAUCAGAUUUUAAAAAUUGUCAUAUGUUUCUUGUAACAGUUCUAAACAAAGCAGUCUGUAGAGGCUCUUUUCCACAUUUGGAAUCUUUAGCUUUGUCACUCAUGGCUGGAAUGGAGCAAACUUAACAUGCCAUACAAGUAUGAAAUUAUACUCAAGCAACAACUUCUUUGAAACAUUGUGAUGUUAGCUGAAAUGUCCUGUGAUUUAUGUGGCAGGCAUUUUGUUUGAUAAGUUACAGUACUUCAGUCCUAGAUUUCUCAUAUGUAUAAUUUUAUAGGUAUUACACUUGAAACUGUACAAAUGUAAAUACUAAACUAUCAUUAAUUUGUCUGACCAAACCAUAUUUUUAUUUUCCUCUGUGAGGCACAAAGAACAAAACAAAUGUUGUAAAACAAACCUUUUUAAAUAUUCCCAUUAAUACUAUUAGUGCAUAAGUUAUCAAUUAUCCUUAAAUGUAAUAGUACUGUAGUUGGAUUGAGUUUUCUUUUCCCCUCUUCAGUGUAUAAUCAUUUCUGAUGAAAUUAAAUUCACAACUGUAGUUGCUGUGAUAAAUAUCAGAUUUCAGUAAAAUUGGCACUGGAAAAGUACUUUACGAUUAUCAAUUUUUAUACUGCAUACAGUUAAUUUUUUGCCAUUGUUAAUAAAUAUUACUGAGCUUAUAAAUUUUGCAUUGACAGAGAGUCUUAGGUUAACAACCAUUCAGUGACUAUUUGAAGUUACAACAAUGUUGAGCAUUGAAACUUAGAAAUAGUCCUCAAAUUUGUGGCUGUUGUAGCAUCCUGCUGUCACAUGAUCACCACUUGUGACCUUCACUGCGGGUUUCUAAUGAGCAAAAUAAAUGGGCAACAUGACACUGAAGGGGUUAUAAAUGGCAAUCACAUGAUGUGUCUAAUGACCAUGUGGGAAAACAACCACAACUAGAACUGCCAUUGUAAGUCGACAUAGUCCCAUGAUACUGAUGCAGGAUCCAAUCUGGAUCAGUCACCGGGACCAGAUUGUGCUAGACUCCGCUAGAGAGAAGUUCCCUGAGGAUGAGCUCCAGCACGAGUCUGACAGCUCGGAAGUCUGAACCUGUGGUCCCAGUGACUGACCCGGAUUGGAUCCUGCAGCAUUAUCCUGGGACACAUUUGUUACCAUUGUUAACUAAGGACUACCUAUAUGACUGCUAUUGAUGUCAGUUCACAAAUAAUGUGAAUAUAACAUUUUCCUUAUAGUACAAAUUACAAUUCCUUCAAUGAAUAUGGCACAAGGGUUGAAGACCAGAGGGGGAAAAAACUCAGAUUCAGCUUACCCCAUAUUGGUCAUACUGCAAAAAAACAACUAUGGAUCACUUUUAAUGAUCUGUUGAAAAAUGUAGCUGAGUGAAGUGUCCAUAAGACACAGUAUAUUAUUGUUUAUACAGUGGUAAUCUGUUGUCAGAAGGAAACACAAAAGUAAUGUUCUAAGAUAUACAAAAGAAAACUGAAAAGCUGAAACAGUUUGGAACAAAAUACUUCAAACUGAAAAAGCAACACUAUAAUAUCCAAUCAUAAUCAAAGAAGAAAAAAAGGGCAAUAAUUGAAGAAACUUUGACUACUGUUAAAGAUAUGGGUAAUUCUGCUAUGCUUUGGGGGUGGGAUAACAUCCAGCAGCACAGCAUAUUUUGCAGAUGGAAAGAGGAAUAAGUUCAAUUAAAUUUCAGUAUAUCCUAGAAGGUAAUGUCCCAUUGUCAUUUAAGAAAUUAAAGUUAAAAAGAGGUUAGAUAUUUCAUCAGGCAGCAAUCUGAAACACUGCCAUAUCAACCAUAAAUAUUUGCAAAAAAGAAAAAAAAGUUUUGGAAUAUCCUUCACAUUUCCCAGAAUUGAUUAUUGAGAAUCUGAGGAAACAUCUCAAACACAUGAUGCAUGUAAGGAGACUCAAAAAUAUUUAUGAACUAGAACAGUUCUGCAAGGAAAAGAGGGAAAGUUUCUAAAAGCAAGAAAACAAAGACUAUAUCUAUAGGAACUUCGCCAUUUCUGAAAAAAAGAUUUUACAAAGUCCAAACUUUUCCACUUGCCAUAUUUACUUUUUUAAAUUUAACUGCACAUAAGUAAAUAUAUACAACUAGAUGAGGUUGCCAAAAUGUUUGUAUGCAAAUAUAUGUUAAUUAGUUUUGUACUGGCUGUCUCAUUCUGGAAAAAUUUCAGGGGAAAUAUAAAAGCUCUGCAAUUUUGAGCUCAUAUCACAAUUUUCAUGGUAAUAACUUCCUGACUGGAAAAAGACUCUUUGGAUUUUUGUUCCUAUUUUGGUAUUAGAGCUAAACUAAAUAUGUGAGUUAGAAAGUUUUCUGGGGUCAGAUUUUUCUGGGACAGAUUUUCUACUUGGGGGAGUUUAUCAGUUACAAAGCUGUGUUGUUGGUGAUUGUAAACAACUGAGAAGCAGUGAUUUCAUGAUUCUUUUACAACUAAUAAAUGUAUUUCAAAUGCCUGCACAAACUAUGGGUAUUAAGGUAGGAAGAUAGGAAGAUAGGAAAAUGUUCCGAUUCAAACAUUUUCAGAAUACCUCAUUUAUGAUUUCAUAUAAUUCUUCAUUGAGACAAUGACAUUCCAAUUAAAGACUCUGAUGGUGUUGUUUA